AUGAAGUGGGGUCAGGUUAAGACACUUGAGGGACAAGGAGUGCCUUUAGAUCAAGCUGAAGCAAUAACUGCUGCUGCCAUAACUAAUCAGUCAUUGGUACCAAAAGAAGAAAUGCAAGCUGAAUCCAAAAUCAAAGCAGAAGUGCAGAACUCACAGGACCUCCAAAUAAUAUUCGGCACCGGCCCUGACAUCGGACAAAGUCAGGGUAAUAUUCAAAUAGAUUAUAAGCUGAGGCAAGCGGAGAAUAACAAGGUGACUAUUAAUGUUAACCCAAAUGGUAGUGGUGAUUUCAUGACCAUUACUGAAGCUAUCAACAGCAUUCCAGCACCCAACAGCAGAAGAGUAGUUGUUUUCAUUGCGCCCGGUCUUUACAGGGAGAAAAUUGUGAUCCCUCGAGAUUUGGAUUUCAUAACAUUCUUAGGGGAUGCAACGAAGAAACCAAUUAUUACCGGAAAUGAUAGAUCAUCUACCAUUGGAAGUGAUGGCGAACCAUUGGCGACGUUCAAGAGUGCAACAGUUGCAGUAGAUGCAGACUAUUUCAUAGCUAUCAACAUUGUAUUUGAGAACACUGCAUCACCACGUAUUGGAUCGAAGGAUGAUCAAGCUGUUGCUCUUCGCGUCUCUGGAAACAAAUGUGCUUUUUACAAUAGCGACUUCUAUGGAUUUCAAGACACGUUGUACGAUCAUAAAGGCCUCCACUACUUCAAAGGUUGCAAAAUUCAAGGCACCAUUGAUUUUAUCUUUGGAAAUGGGAGGUCCCUUUACCAGGGCUGCACUAUAAAUUCCAUAGCGCAAAAUGUAAGCUUUAUCACAGCUCAAAAGCGCUCAAGUUUGACAACUGAUGAUAGUGGAUUUUCAAUAUUAAAAAGCAAAGUAAUAGGGAGUGGUAAAGUUUAUUUGGGAAGACCAUGGGGAGAUUACUCGAGAGUAAUUUUCUCUUAUACCUACAUGGACAGUCUUGUUCUCCCUCAAGGAUGGGUUGACACUAUGGACGACGGUGACCACCACUUGAGCGUAUUCUACGCAGAAUAUAAGUGUACUGGACCUGGAUCCAAUUUUGCUGGAAGACUUCCAUGGAUACAGAGAUUGUCAGACAAAGAUGCCCAAGAAUUUAUCGGGGUCCAUUUCAUUUAUGGGGAGACUUGGCUCAUUACCAGUGGUGGUGCUCGGACCCUGGUCCAAGGGAAUAGAGUGAGUGGAAAUGAUGAAGAAAAAGAAGAAGGAUUUGGAACCACAUUGCAAGAUUACAAAUGCUCAAAAUUAGGCAUGACAACAGAACAUGCGGGUACUCGCCUGAACCCACCCCGAGUUUGA